AUGGAUGCAGAAAGGUCAUUGGCUAUGUCAGAAGUAGCAAUGGAAUAUUCGGCGUUGAAGUUUAGUGAUCACUGUCCGAAGGGGAUGUAUAUUAUCCCAUCUUCUGAAUCCAUUCUGGCGUGGGAUGGAGUCUUGUUCGUUCAUCAAGGAUACUAUGCGGACUCAAUAUUGAAGUUUCGCAUCCGAUUUCCGUUUACGUAUCCCGCUCGACCGCCAGCAGUCACAUUUGUUACCGACGUGUUCCACCCGUUGAUCUCACAGGAAGAUGGUACUCUCAACAUUGGGCCACGGUUUUCUCCUUGGAAACCAAAACAAGAUCAUGUGUUCCAGAUGCUACACUGGAUCAAAGUUAUCUUCAAGAAAGAAACCCUCGACAAAAUUCGGGAGAGUGAUGUCGUGAACAGAGAAGCAUUCAGGUAA